CUUUGACCUUAAAUAGCCCACCAACAUGGCGUCGACUGACAACCCUUUCGAGUCCUUACGAGAGAGACGACCAGAUUCCAGCAAGUUCAAAGCCUCUCCUGGCCGUAUUUUAGGACAAAAAGACACCUCAAAAUCUCGUGAAUCGUCAGAGCGUACAUCGGACGCACCCCGACAGAGUUCCAAGGAGUAUACGGUGUCCGUUCAGCGGUGGCUGGCGGAGUACUGGCACCAUGUCGCCUACUGGAACACAGUUCACAACACGAUGGCGAUGCCGAUGUGGUGUGUUGGCGGAGGACCGGGGCACGGACAGGUCGUAGCGGGGCAGCAGGCAGCCCAGACGGGGCUGGUGGCCUCCAGGAUUCCCACGGUGACAACCCCCACUCCUGUACUGAUGAACGGCGCGCAAGAGCUCAGACAACAACAGCUGCAAGCAGGUAAGGAAUACACCGUCCCGGCAGUCAGUCGGCGUCUGAUGGCAGAGUUCCUCGACUUUCUCAUCCUGUUCUUCAUGAAGCUGCUCGUCACCCUCACCAUGAUGCACUUCUACGAGGGGCUGGAUCCUACCAAGUUUGAUAUAAGAGUGGUGCUGGAUGAGAUAGACGAUGAUGCUUCUCUGGAGGACCUACAGAACAUGCUGGUGUCUGCCAUCAUCUACAGAAUCUGUGUCACUGUGUUUGAGGCCGUGUUUCUGAGAGGAAGUGAAGCAGGCACGGGCGGGGCGACACCCGGGAAGUGGAUGAUGGGAUUGCAGGUGGUGUCAUGUGACUACGUCCUGCCAGCCACCAAUGGUAACGUCAGGGUGGUCCCAGCAGGCCACAUGGGGUUUGGAAGGUCUAUCGUGCGAGCCCUGAUCAAGAACUUGUCCAUUGCCCUCUUCUUUCCCAUCUGCUUCACUGUCUUCAUCUUCCAGUACAACCGCACAGCUUAUGAUGUCAUCGCUGGAUCCAUGGUGGUGGCUAAGCCCACCAGGGCCAGGAGGAACGAGUAACAUUACCCUAGCUAUAUGUUUUACUAAAAGUACAAGGUAGAGAUACAUAAUUUUUUUACACAGAGCCUCACCUGCAGCCAAUAUAAUAUAUCUU